UGGGGGGGAAGGGGGGUGGGGGGAGUGGGCCCCCUACCGGGGCCUGCGCGGGGCCGAGUCCGCGGCGGUGCCGGGGCGCCGCGCUCCGCGUCUGCCGGGGCGGGCGGCGGCCGGUCCUUCCCGGGGGAGGGCGCCCCGCGGCGGCGGCCCCGCCCCGGGGGCGGUGGGAGCCGGCGGUUCCUCGCUGCCCGGAGCUAGGCCCCGGCUCCCCGCGGGGGCUCGCCCCGCUCCCCCCCCCCCGCUGGCUGAACCGUCGGCCGUGCUGCUGGAGGCGGGGGCACGGGAAUCGGGUUUACGGCUCCCUCUGCCCCGUCGCCGUGCGGGGGUGGGGGUGCCGCGUCCUGGCGGAGCCGUGCCCCCGUCCCACGAAGCGCUAAAAGAAAUAGAUGAUGUCUAUGAAAAAUACAAGUCUGAAAAUGAUCCUGUUCAGAAGAAACGCUUGCAGCAGCAUCUUCAGCGUGCAUUAAUCAACAGCCAAGAACUUGGAGAUGAAAAAAUUCAAAUAGUUACUCAGAUGCUAGAACUGGUAGAGAAUAGAGCCCGGCAAAUGGAAACACACUCUCAGUGUUUUCAAGAUCUGUCUGAGAACGAAAAGCCUCUAGAAAAGGCGAAGAUGGAGUCCUGCCAGCCAGAGAGAUCUUCACGUAGACCUCGUCGCCAGCGAACCAGCGAAAGCCGUGAUCUGUGCCAUAUAGCAAAUGGUAUUGAUGACUGCGAUGAUCAGCCACCUAAAGAAAAAAGAUCUAAAUCUUCCAAGAAGAAAAAACGCUCCAAAGCCAAACAAGAGAGAGAGGUUUCACCUGUAGAAUUUGCAAUUGAUCCCAAUGAACCAACUUACUGCUUAUGCAACCAAGUGUCUUACGGUGAAAUGAUAGGAUGUGAUAAUGAACAGUGUCCUAUCGAGUGGUUCCACUUUUCGUGUGUUGGACUCACCUACAAACCAAAGGGGAAAUGGUAUUGCCCCAAGUGCAGAGGAGACAAUGAGAAAACGAUGGACAAAUGUACUGACAAAUCAAAAAAGGAUAGAAGAUCGAGGUAGUGAAAGCAAUUCAUGUUUUAAAGAGUUGCUCCUUUUAUAUUAAAAUGUUUAAUUUCCAGAGAACGCUGUUUUAGGAAAUGCAUAAGACUAUGCAAUAAUUUUUAAUCUAUAAUAUUAAUGGAGUAUUAAAAGCUGUUAUACCUUCUGUGAUCUUUAACUUUCUGCACUGAAUAACCAAAUAAUUGAAACAGGGUGGCUUCAGACUUUCACAGAAGACAUUACAACAUAUGGCGCUUGGUUUCAAUUUAACCCCAUUAGUAUUUUAAAGAACCUUGUGAAUCUUGAAAUAAUGGUGGUGGGAAAGAUACUGAAGAACUUCUCAUGUUAUGGGAAAGGCAUUGAAAGGCCUCACGUAACUGCUAGAAUCUUAACAACUGAAUUUGUUCUUUAUCCCAGGUCUUAAGUUUUCAGUUUUUGUGUUAACAUCACACAUUUGGAAUUAGGGGUUUUGAAUUCAGCUGUAACUGUAAAAGUCUUCCGAGCUAAAAGCAGACCUCUUCAGUGACUUUCAUAUGACCAGUAUGUUAUUUCAAGGAAGAAAAUACUACUAACUUAAUUUUUUUUUUUUUGUCAAUAUUAAACUCUUGUCUUUGUGACUUUA